UCGCCAGAUGGCGCUUGCGCCGCCAACGUGCGCAACGGGCUGAUGAUCAAGGACUCGGACUCGCUGAUCCCUGUGGAGGGCCCCGACCAGAAGCGCGCGCGGCUCGAGCAGAAGUACAGCGUUCUCCCCAGGACCCUGAACUACGAGGUCUGGUUCGAUCUCAUGAAGAAAUCGGAGGUUGCGGCUGCUGGCGGCGACGAGAAUCAGGCGGUGACGACUCUCCUGAAGAAAGCGCUGAUGGCGGCGGUCACCAAUCAGCUGUGGCCCAUCGCCGUCGACAUGCUGGAAGGCGGCCUGCAGGGCGACCUCGCUGCGAGGGAAUCGCACAAGAAGGAGGACGAG